CGUGGGGGGCGCCGCCGGCCCCGCUCCCGCCGCCGCCGCCGCCGCCGCCAUGGAGGAGCCGCCGCCCGAGCAGCCCCCGGCCGAGCAGCCCCCGCCGGACCCGGCGGACGGGGAGUCCUCGGCCGAGGCCGGCCCCGAGUGGAACAUCCCGCCCAACGCGCCCGCCUGCAUGGAGCGGCAGCUGGAGCGCGCACACUACCGCGCAGACGGGGCCUUGCUGCUGGGCGCCUCGGCGCUGAGCGGCCGCUGCUGGACCGGCUCCCUCUGGGUCUUCGCCGACCCCCGCCGCGCUCCCAGCGAGGGCUUCUGCACCGCCGGCGUCCAGACCGAGGCGGGCGUCGCCGACCUGUGCUGGGUGGCUGACAGGGGCAUCCUGGUCGCCUCUGACACCGGCGCCGUGGAGCUGUGGGAGCUGGACGAGAAGGAGACGCUGAUCGUGAACAAGUUCUGUAAAUACGAGCACGAUGACAUCACGAUGGCCGUGGCCGUCCUGGCCGGCAGCACCCAGGCUAUCAGCGGUGGCAGGGACUUCUGUGUGAAGGUCUGGGACCUGCCACAGGAAACGGUGGUGCAUUCCUACAGAGCUCAUGCUGGUGCAGUGACAUGUGUGGCUUCCUGUCCUGGUAAGGAGACCAUGUUCCUGUCCUGUGCUGAGGACAGCAGAAUUUUACUCUGGGACACCAGAUGCCCCAAACCAGCUACUCGAAUUGUUUGCAGUGCCUGUAACUACCUCCCUACCUCAGUCAUGUGGCAUCCACAGAAAAGUGACAUCUUUGCUUUGGGGGACGAGAGCGGAACGGUUGCGCUGGUAGACACCAAGAAUCCUGAUGCUGCCCUCAGCUCCUCUGUGCACAUCAGAAGUGUCACAGGGUUUGCAUUUUCUGCACAUAGCUCACCCUUGCUGGCUUCCAUCAGUGAAGACUGUUCCGUAGCUGUUCUCGACUCCAACCUCACAGAGGUGUUCAGGAGCCGUUCUCACCAAGACUUUGUCAAAGGCUUGUCCUGGUCCCCUUCAGAUGAUGCCUUGCUCACCACAGUUGGAUGGGAUCAUCAGGUUUUACAUCACACUAUUCCCAUACCAACAGGUGAAGCUUCUGGAGUCAACUGUGCAAAAGAAUAGUUUUUAUAAACUUGUGGUCCAGAUUCCUUCCUGGCAUAACUUUGAUUCUGCUGAAGUCAGAGGUGUGUGAAGUGGAGCAGGUAUGGUCUGCUGGCUGCCUGGAAGCUUGUGACUGAGGAGGUUCCUGUAGUAAUUUUGAGUUAGGCCCAAGUUAGUUGCAAACCAAGCUUUGCCCUCAAGAGUUGGUGGCACCUGUGAUAAGACUUCAGUAUUCUCCCCAGAAAAAAAUUGACUUCAGGCACAGAGGAGACUUGGAGAGACAGGGAAUUGGGUAUCAGUGUCAGAAAGACUCAGUUGCUCCCUCAGUUCUCCAUCCAUUAAUAGAAACGUGGUGGGGGGGAGGUUAAAAACACCACCUCUUGUUAGUUGGAUGUGAGAGCCUCACCCUGGCUGUGCAAAUCAAUUCUUCCAAGAGAGCAGGAGGAUGUGUUGGCAUUUCAGGACUGGAAGGGUUCCACUGAUGUCCUCGGUGCAGCAGGUGGUUGAGAGGGUUGGUCUUCAACAUCUGGUGUGUAUCCUGUGGGGAGCACUGGCUACUCACUGGUAGAAUAGCAGUGCUUGGGUGUGGAGCUCUGUGUGCUGGCUGAUCAGGAUCCCAGCUGUAGCCCUGUGAUCAAAACACCUCCCUGACAGUGCACGACCUGCCGAAACCUGGGAGCUGUGGUGCCCAGCAUGGACUUGGCAGCUGAGGCCAGCUCAAAGAGGCUGUUGCUGUGGCCUGCUGAAAGCCAGGAGGAGGCAGCAGCUGUGCUGUUGGACAGCGUGUUUCAUCUCCUCUGUGCUGAAGACAAACAGAGAUAAAACCUGUGAACAAAAGCUUAUGUAAGGGAAAAACUGGACUAAGGACUUCAGUUUUCAUGUGCUUGCUCCCAUAAACAGACUCUGCUUAGUGAUAAAUGAGAUUCCUUAAGCAUU